GUUAGUGCAUACAAAAAGACGCCAUUACUAUUUAUCUCUAUAAUUGAGUGGGAUAGCAGAAAGUGUCGUUCACGGUUGGCGCACCCGCUCAGUGCGCGCAGUUUGUUUACGAAGUGCGCUGGCGUAAACGUGUUAAUCUUGCCAACCAGCAGGAUUCAAACAAAGACGUUAGCCAUAAUUUGACAGCUCGACCAUGUCUGCCUCGGCCAGAAAUCCUGUUGUGAAAAAGAAGCAUGUUCGUUUCGCUAGAAUGGAGGAGGAUGAUGAUAACGAUGACCAAGAGGAAGAUACUCUGUUUGACAAGAGGAAAGACACGAGACGAGGGCUGAAGAGUGUAAUGAAAGGGAGGAAGAGAAGUUCGAAUUCGGAGUUCGAUGAUGAGGUUGAAAUCAUCGGUGGAGGUGGCAGGGCCAGCGGUUCUGGAGGCUGCAGCAGCUGGGUGAUCAGUUUAGCGCUCUGUGCAUCAUUCCUCGGCCUGGGGAUGAGUAUCUCUGUUUUAGGCCCCACAUUUCAAGACCUGGCCAUCAACGUCAACCAGAACAUCAGCAACAUCUCCUACAUCUUCGUAGGCCGCUCGAUGGGCUAUAUAGGCGGCUCUGUGUUGUCAGGGAUUCUCUUUGACUACAUCAACAGCCAUCUGCUGCUGGGCCUCUCCAUGUUGGUCACAGCGAUUGGGAUGUUUGCCAUCCCUUUCUCUAAGACGGCCCUUCUUCUCACUGCUCUGAUGUCCAGUAUUGGAGUUUCCAUGGGCUUUCUAGAUACAGGUGGUAAUGUCCUGAUCCUGCAGACGUGGGGGGAUCAGGCUGGCCCCCACAUGCAGGCCUUGCACUUCAGCUUCGCCGCUGGGGCCUUCGCCUCGCCCAUCAUCGCCAAGUUGCUCUUUGGAACGGACUUGGACCUGGAUGUGGCGACAAACAGCAGCAUGGAAGCCCCGGUGGCAAACUCCAGCUCCCCGCCUGUCACAGACCACUUGUCCCAACCCGGGUCUUCUUCUGUUGUCAUGCGCUUCGUCCACAGUAGCAGCACCCUCAAGUCCAUGUGGGCCUACGUUGUGAUCGGUGGUUUCAUCCUGUUCAUCUCCCUCAUCUUCUUCAUCCUCUACGCCCGCCACAGCCCCUCUAGGGGCAGGGCCCAGACCCCCUCAGGGAAACCCCUGGUGUCCAAGCACCACAACGCACUCAUCACCAUGCUUUUUGUUUUCUUCUUCUGGUAUGUGGGGGCCGAGGUGGCGUACGGCUCCUUUAUCUUCACCUAUGCUAAGGAUUACAUUCAUAUGGACGAGGCCCAGGCAGCAGGGCUCAACUCCCUGUUCUGGGGGACGUUCGCUGCCGGCCGGGGCCUGGCCAUCUUCUUUGCGGCCUGCAUGCACCCAGGCACCAUGAUCCUACUGAGCCUGGUGGGUUCCACCCUGUCCUCCCUGUUCCUCACCCUCUUCAACAGGAACAGGGUGGCCCUGUGGAUCUGCACUGGUGUCUACGGUGCCUCCAUGUCGACCACUUUCCCCAGUGGGAUCUCCUGGGUGGAGCAGUACACCACAGUGACCGGGCGCUCUGCUGCGGUGUUCGUGGUGGGGGCGGCCCUGGGGGAGAUGGUGCUGCCCGCCCUGGUGGGCUUCCUGCUGGGGAGGAUCGAUGAUCACCCCCUGCUGAUGUACCUGGCCCUGGGCACCGCCACCAUCACCUCCAUCCUCUUCCCCUUCAUGUUCUGGCUGGCCUCGUCCCCCAGCGGCCCCAGUAGGACACCCCGUACCAGGGGCCGCAUGGAGCCUGACGACAGCGAGUACCGCCAAGCCCUGCUGGACUCAGGCGCCAAUGAUGAGGAAGAGGAACAGAAGCAGGAUGACGAGGCCGACCAGUGGAAUGAUGCCGACUUUGAGGUCAUCGAGAUGGAUGACGCCAGCCUUAUGAACUCUCCUAAUAUAGCGUCAUUCUCAUCUCCUAGUAAAGCGCUCUCUUUAUCUCCUAAUAAAGCUUUGUCAUCUCCUAACAAAGGGCUUCCACCACCUGAUGUUGCUGGGACAUCAUGGGACACCACUGCCACAUCUGUCCCCUCUACUGCCCAGUACCUAGAGCCAACGGUUGGUGCCUCAUUCUCAGACUCUAUCUCUCUCCAGGGUGACUCACCCAGACGGAAACUGUUGCGUUCCCUGGACCGGCAGAAGAGAGACUAGGGGUUAGAUUCAAUCAGCUCAUGCAUUAACCAGCGAUUGCCGACACCCGAAUAGCUGGUGUUUUGGUGGUGUCGGUGGUGUAACUGCAUUAGAGCUGUCAAAUCAGAGCGGCUGAUUGUGUGGUAUUUGUCCCGAAGCCACACCCAUCCCACUCAUGUUAGAAGUUCAGAAGGAGAAAGUGUAGGCUAUAUAGAAAUAAUGACACUCAAAUUUAAAAUCAUUAAACAAAAUGAGGAUUUCUAUCAGCCUAAUCGAGGUGUAGAUUAUAUCUCACAUUCCACUAAACAACUUGUAAGUAGGCUGCGUGAGAUUUCUCUUAAUUAGACUACGUGCAGCCAAUGGCAAUAUCCACUUUAGGUAUAAUGCCGGGAGCCACUUGUGGAUUUGACAGCUCUAAUACAGUUCCACCUCUGACACCGGCAAAACAACUGGGAGCCUGGGAUUCAAUCGGAUUAGCAGUAAGGCCGGGAUUCAAUCCUAAAGCCAGGAUUGGAUCCGAUCGUGCUUUGUCUGCAAUGCACCUUUUAAAGGCAAUUUUCUCGCGUUCACGGAGACCACAUUUACAGUCAAUGCUGCAUAUGCCGGCUCAAUCGGAAAUUACCUUUAAAUGGUGCAUUGUCACAAAGUGCGAUCGGAAUGAAUCCUGGCCCAUGGGCUCUAGUCUGUGAAAUGCACCAUGACUCCAAGUGCUUUAAAGACAUUACUGUAUUCUAGAAGAGCCAUGGCUCUCUUCAGAGAAACUCGUUAAUGUCUGAUUGUCAGUGACUGUAAUUUGACUUGUGCUUCUUUAGUGUAAUACUCACAUGUAAAUGUUUGAUACUACAGAUUUACAGUGCAAUAUAAGUUUACCCCACUCCAACAGUUUAUGUCUACUAUAUUAUUUGAAGCUGUACGCUUUGGCGUAAAUGGUAUUUGUUUAAACAUUAAGGCCCCUUGCCACUGUUGCUGGUAAUGAAUAAGAAAGGUUGCACUACUGUGAAGACUCAAUGUAACACUAAAAACAUUUUCUUUUAGAUAUCCUAAAGAUGUCAUUUUCUUUGUAAUAUUUUAUUUAGUAAUAUGUGAAUUAUCAGCAGUUAAAGAUAGGAAUUUAGCCACCAAUGUGGCCUGAUUAUGAAUAAUUUGUUUUUGUUAGACCUUUGUUUGAAUAGAUGCCGCAUUCACGUGCUAGUCUAAACUAGGAAACAACAAUUUUAGACUUGCUAACUUGUAGAAAGAUGAUCCCGAGUUUCCCGCUUGGAAAGUAUCAGAAUCAACCCACUGGGCACAGAUGUCAAUUCAACGUCUAGUCCACGUUGGUUCAACAUAAUUUCAUUGAAAUGACGUGGAAACGUUGAUUCAACCAAUAUAUGCCCAGUGGGAACCACUAUACAAACAAGUUACGUUCAUUUUAACGCGGAGGUAUGGAGUUUCCAAUAGCACAUGAACACGGCACAAGUUUGUUUAUUUGCGCUGUUCUGUAAAAAAAUAAUUUUGAUUGAAUUAUUGUGCUGUGAUGAAUUUGUCUAGUAAUCUGUCAUUUUUCAUUCAGAUGUGUGAUCUUUGUUCAAGUUAAUAUCUCUUGAAUUUUUCUAUGAAAACAAAUCAAAAUCAUGACAAAAUACUAAACACAAAGACUAAAGAAUUUAAUACAUUUUAUUAUAUCAACCUCCACCCACAGCAAUGUCCAUUAAAAACAAAGCAAAAAACA